AUGGAAGCUAAAUCUCAAGUUACAUUAGCCAAGGUUAUCAAGGUCUUAGGUAGAACCGGUUCAAGAGGUGGUGUCACCCAAGUCAGAGUUGAAUUCAUUGACGAUGCUACCAGAACCAUUGUCAGAAAUGUUAAAGGUCCAGUUAGAGAAAAUGACAUUUUAUGUUUAAUGGAAUCCGAAAGAGAAGCCAGAAGAUUACGUUAA